AUGAAUAUUGAGCGCAGCCUCGCGAGGCCUCUCAGAGCACCGGAGCUCACAGGCAGCCGGCUCGCGCCCUCCCCACUGCCGACGCCUGAGAGCAAGGGCAGUUCUGCCCAAGGGGCAGCGAAGGAAGAGCCCAAGAGGCGAUGGGCAUGGCUGUCAGCUAAACCUGCUCCUGCAAAAGUGGAAGUGAAGCCGAAAACGCAGCAGGAAAGGGUACAUCCUCAGACAAAAAAUACAAACAAAAGGGAAAGAGGGAGCAAAGAGAAAACAGGCCAAGUGGCUAACCAAGAAACUAAAGAACAUUCACCUGCAGAAAAUGGAGAAACUAAAAUCGAGGAGAGCCCAGCCUCUGAUGAAGCCAGAGAGGAAGAAGCCAAGUCUAAAAAAAAAAAAGGCAGUGGGGGGAAGAAGAAAAAGCAGAAGAAAGAAAAAGAAGAACAAGAACAAGAAGAAGGAAGAAAUAUGAAGAGGAAGAAGGAGGAGAAGGACGAGGAGAAGGAGGAGAGGAUGUUACGCAAACAGAAUACAGAUUUUGGUCCUCUGAAGCAAGUAACAGGAUCUGACUGUAAUGUUCUGCUUAAUUCUGAGCGAAAAGCCACAGACUCCUCUAACCCAGUCCUAAAAACAGAGCCUUCAAUUCUGAAUUUGCAGCGGCUGUCCCCUGGGUUCUCCAUGAGGACACAUGAGCUGGAGUCCCACCAUGUCUCCACGGUGCACUCUAACCGGAGAAGAUCCAUCCUGGCAGCCUGA